AUGGAUGAGGCGCUCUACGACGAGUUUGGAAAUUACAUCGGUCCGGAGCUGUCGGAGGGAGAGGAAGAGGAUGAAGAGGACGAGGAGGAGGACGAUGAAGAGGAGGAAGGCGUAGACGAAGCUAUGGACGAUGCAGAUGGGGAGGCAAGGCUGGGUCCACCAGAAGGAGACCCCAAUGAGUGGAACCAGGUGGUCCUGCAUGAGGAUAAGAAGUACUACCCCACUGCAGAGGAGGUGUAUGGCCCAGAGACGGAGACGCUGGUGAUGGAGGAGGAUGCACAACCGCUGGAAAUGCCUGUGAUCGCCCCUGUCAAAGAUAAGAGAUUUGAGUCCCAACACCAGCCCAUGAAGACAACAUUUGCAAACGACUUUAUGGCCGUCCUCAUGUCCAACUCUGAGCUCAUCAGGAAUGUUGCAGUUUGUGGACAUCUGCACCAUGGUAAGACGACCCUGAUGGACAUGCUGGUGGAGCAGACACACGAACUGCCCAGGCAGCACCAGCAUGCCGCCGACCGCCAGAUGCGCUUCACUGACACACGCUACGAUGAGCAGGCCCGGGACAUCAGCAUCAAGAUGAUGCCCAUGUCACUCGUGAUGCAGGGGUCUAGUGGCAAGUCCUACCUGCUGAACAUGAUGGAUACACCAGGGCACGUCAACUUCAAUGAUGAGGUCACAGCUGCGAUGAGGUUAGCUGAUGGCAUCCUGCUUGUGGUGGAUGCUGUUGAGGGAGUAAUGGUCGUCACAGAUCGCCUGGUGAAGCAGGGGCUGUCGGAAAACCUGCCAAUCUGCUUGGUGAUCAGCAAGGUUGACCGUUUGAUAACUGAGUUGAAACUGCCACCUGCGGAUGCAUACCACAAACUACGCCACACGAUCGAGGAAGUGAAUGGCCUGCUAAACAUGUACAGGCCCGAUGCGGACACCAAGGAGCCUUACUUGGACCCUAUCAAAGGCAAUGUGGCCUUCAGCUCUUGUGUCUCGGGCUGGUCCUUCACACUGGAGUCCUUUGCCCAGCUCUACUGUGAUGUGUAUGGUGCAGCAAUGGAUGCAAGGGAGUUUGCACAGCGACUCUGGGGCGAUAUGUAUUUUAAUGAGGACACAAGGUCAUUCCGGAGGAAGCCAACUGCAGGGGGUCAGCGCUCCUUUGUGCAGUUCAUCUUGGAACCUUUGUACAAGAUCUACAGCCAGAUACUGGGAGAACCACACAAGAGCAUAGAGAGGAUGCUUGGAGAGUUUGGUGUUGCACUCAAGCCCUCUUCUUUUCACAAGGAUGUGAAACCCUUGCUGAAAGAGGCGUGUGCCAAGAUAUUUGGAACUGCAACAGGUCUGGUGGACAUGCUUGUGCGGCACAUCCCAUCUUCAAAGCGAGGUGCACCACAAAAAGUGGAGCACUGCUAUUCUGGGCCCCAGGACACAGACAUCGUGCAGCACAUGAAGAACUGCAACCAUCGGGGCCCCCUGGUGGUCCACAUCGCAAAGCUGUUUCCAAGGAAUGACUGCAGCAAGUUCGAUGCCUUUGGAAGGAUAUUCAGUGGCACCUUGAGGACAGGUGACAAGGUUAGGGUGCUGGGAGAGGGCUACACACCCGAAGAUGAGGAAGACUCGGCGACGGCAGAGGUGGGGUCCAUCUGGGUGUACCAGUCCCGCUACCGUGUCCCCUUCACCCGUUUCUCCUCUGGCAACCUGGUCCUGAUUGAGGGUGUGGACGCCACUAUCACCAAGACAGCCACCCUUGUGAGCGACCUGUGGGAAGACGAGGUGUACAUAUUUAAGAAGCUGCAGUUCCACACACUGUCAGUCGUCAAGAUCGCCACUGAGCCCCUGAAACCGUCCGAGCUGCCAAAGAUGGUGGAGGGGUUGAGGAAGAUCAACAAGAGCUACCCACUGGCGAUGACAAAGGUGGAGGAGUCUGGGGAGCACACUAUCCUGGGCACUGGCGAGAUAUACCUUGACAGCCUGAUGAAAGACCUGCGGGAGCUGUAUGCAGACAUCGAAGUGAAGGUUGCCGAUCCGGUGGUGUCAUUCUGCGAGACGGUCGUGGAGACAUCAUCCCUGAAGUGUUUUGCGGAGACCCCAAACAAACAGAACAAAAUCACAAUGAUCUCAGAACCCCUGGAGAAGGACCUAGACAAAGACAUCGAAACUGGCACCGUCAUUAUCGAUUGGCCGCGCAAGAAGCUGGGAGAUUUCUUCCAGAGGAAAUAUGACUGGGAUCUGCUGGCCGCCCGGUCCAUCUGGGCGUUUGGACCUGACAAGCAGGGCCCAAACAUACUGUUGGAUGAUACGCUACCUUCAGAGGUUGACAAGGGUCUGCUGAAUGCGGUGAAGGACAGCAUCGUGCAGGGCUUCCAAUGGGGAACACGUGAGGGGCCCCUGUGCGACGAACCCGUUCGCAACGUCAAAUUCAAGAUUCUGGAUUCCAUGAUAUCUUCAGAGCCACUGCAUCGUGGCGGCGGUCAAAUCAUUCCCACCGCGCGGCGGGUGUGCUAUUCGGCGUUUUUGAUGGCCACUCCUCGCCUCAUGGAGCCCGUGUACUAUGUGGAGAUUCAGACGCCGGCAGACUGCAUUUCUGCAAUAUACAAUGUGUUGGGCAAAAGGAGAGGCCACGUGACUGCAGAUAUACCCAAGCCAGGGACGCCCAUCUUCCUUGUGAAGGCGUACCUUCCUGUCAUCGAAAGUUUCGGUUUCGAGACGGAUCUGCGGUAUCACACGCAGGGCCAGGCGUUUUGCCUGAGCGUCUUCGACCAUUGGAGCAUCGUGCCUGGCGAUCCAUUGGACAGGAGCGUCGUCCUGCGGCCCCUUGAGCCAGCUCCCAUUCAGGCUCUGGCGAGAGAGUUCAUGGUGAAGACGAGGAGGCGCAAGGGCAUGAGCGAGGACGUGUCCAUAAACAAAUUCUUCGACGACCCCAUGCUCUUGGAGCUGGCCAGGCAGGACGCUGACUUGCAGCAGAUUUUGUGA